AUACUGGACCCAUACAGGAGCCCUCCCCUCUGAGCGGGGAUGAACAGGAGGAAGCAUCAGCCUCCUUCACGGUAAUUCAUGAUGGAAUCAUCAGAUAACCUGUCCGCUCAGGCGGGCGGUGUGGAGCGGGACGCUGCAACGACACCCGUGGAUGUGGACACCGCAGUUCUGCUACUGGGAGCGGGAGUGACAGCCAUCACACACCCGCUGUUAUAUGUCAAGCUGCUAAUACAGGUGGGUCAUGAACCUCUUCCCCCAGCUGUGGGCACUACUAUGUUUGGAAGGAAAGUUUUGUACCUUCCCGGCUUCUUCUCCUAUGCACAGCAUAUUGUGACAGUGGAUGGAAAGAGGGGACUCUUCCGUGGCCUCUCACCACGUAUCGUGUCCAGUGCCAUCUCCACUGUGGUCAGGAGCAAAGUUAAACAGCAGGUGGAGCUUCUGUCCAAAACAGAUGAGCUGCAGUUUUCACUCAGGAAAGUGGUCAAAGAGACCUCACAUGAAAUGAUCAUCCAGUGCCUGUCCAGAGUAGCCACUCAUCCUUUUCAUGUUAUGUCAGUGCGAUGUAUGGCCCAGUUUGUAGGCAGAGAGGUCAAGUACAGUGGAAUAUUCAGGUGUGUUGUCAGGAUUUUUAAGGAAGAAGGAGUCACUGGAUUCUAUGUUGGUCUCAUACCUCAUGUGCUGGGAGAGGUCCUCUUCCUGUGGUGUUGCAACCUCCUGGCUCACUUUAUUAAUACCUAUGCUGUAGAUGAAAGUUUCAGCCAUGCGUCAGCCGUGAGAAGCUACACUAAGUUUGUUAUGGGGAUUGCAGUGAGUGUUCUAACAUAUCCAUUCAUGCUAGUGGCUGAUCUGAUGGCGGUCAACAACUGUGGGUUGACUGCUGGUCUUCCUCCUCACUCACCCAUCUUUAAAUCCUGGUUGCACUGUUGGAAUCAUCUGAGCUCGCAGGGCCACCUCUUCAGAGGCUCCAGCUUCUUUUCCCGUCGGGUGCCAGUGACCUCCUUGCCCUCCAUUGAGGACUGACAUCAUCAUCAUCACCUGCUUGACUCUUCCUCCUCCUAUUCACAAAUAUUUUCAAAAGACACUUCCAACAGCCAUGACACAUAUUCCUAUGUUGUUGUAUGUCCUGAUUGUUUUUUCUUCAGACAGCCAUUGUGUUGCAUUCAUUUCUAAACACUAUAAAACUGAUCAAUGGACUUUUUAAACUAGUAUGCAUUUAUCAGCUACAUUAUCUUUAAUAAGAGUGAGUUUUUAAAUCAGUCUACGAUGUUACUGCAUUACCCACAAAUGAGGUACCACUGAUUAAAAAUUAGAGCAUGCAUUUUAAAAUGGUUUGCAAAAGAAUUCAUGGUUUGCAAUCAAGAUACUAAUAUUUGCAAAAACACUGGUAUUGUCCUUUAAAGCGAUGUAACUAUUGCUGACCGACUGCCACUGUGGCCACAUAAUGGCUUAUGAAUUGUAAGUCAUUUUCCCAAAUUCUCCUGAGUCAGUUGUUCUAGCAGGCAGUCUACAGAAAACAUGCCUGCACCAAAACUGUGUUGGGGGUGUGUUGCUUCAGGUUUUACUGAGCUGAUAAAAGGGGCUCGGGGAUUGCUAAUUUGAUUAGCACAUUAGCACACAUGAACAGCAUUCAUGUUACAAAGUUACCUUCAUUGUGAUGUGGAAGAAGUUGAAUCAGGUGUUGUGCUUUUAUUUGUAGUUUUAAAAUGUAUGUUGCAUGCUCAUACUGUAACAGUAUCAUAGUUAUCAAGUGAGCUGCCUGUUACUGUGCUAACUGUGGUAGAGUUUGUGAACAUGGUUAUACGUGACUGUGGCAGCACAACCACUGAGUGUGUGUUUUGUUGCUUAUGAAUUGAACCUUACAUUUGUAACAGGGAUGUUGUGCUAUGUCUUCUUCCCAAAUAUAAAUAGUCUCACUUCAAAGAAUCUUUGCCCUUAAAGGGUACCUAAUAUGCCUUUCCUUAUUUUCAGUUAUAUGUUAAAAUGUCAGACAUUCAUGUUAAAUAUGCCGUGUCAAAUCAUGCAGUAAACAUACUACAUGUAGUAGUAAUCCAUGUGAGCAAAAAGCACUGGCUACAGACUGCUCUGAACACACGGUUUUCAAUGUUUUUUUUCUACCUUCAGUCCGAGCUGAUGUCAGCUUGUGACAAAUUUCUCUCACACACACAGCGAACAAGUUCACUGCUCCAAUCCACUAACAUGGUGGCAUUUUUCCAUUGUGUCAGGCGUGUUUUUCCAUUACACAGCAGGUGCAAAGUAAAUUAAGUAGUUCACCUGAACUGAGGGGCUGCAUAAAAGGCCAGUAUUAGAUAAAUAGGGAGUUUUUUUUAAUACUUUGAAUCAUACAAAGUUAGUGGCGUCCCUCAAUAGAAAUACAGAGCUGGAAUUUGUCCCUUGAAAAAUAAAUUUAAAUAAGGUCUUGAACUAGCAGCUUUCCUCUCAUUAACAAAACAAACAUCAAAAACAAAAUAAAUCUUUUCUCAUGUAUUUGCAUUGUGGAAUCCUUCUCUCACAUCUCAUCCUUAUUGUUCACACAGACCUCUCAGGCAACCAACUGUGUCAUCCAAACCGGUUACUGUCCUCCAUUUACCAAUAACUGACACAAA